UCGAUCACAAAGCCCACAACUUGGCCCUUCGCACCACAACUACAACAACAAUGUCCUUCCGAGGCCGAGGCGAUUCGCGAGGUCGUGGUGGGUUUGGUGGUGGUGAUAGAGGAAGAGGAUCGUUUGGAGGAAGAGGCGGAGGACGAGGUGGUUUUCAACAACGAGAUUUUGGACCACCCGCUCAGGUGUUUGAAUUGGGCAAAUUCCUGCACGCUACCGAAGGGGAGAUGGUCUGCGAGUCCGUCAACCCGAAGAUUCCUUUCUUCAACGCACCAAUAUACCUGGAGAAUAAGACUUCGAUAGGCAAGGUGGACGAGAUCCUGGGACCGAUAAAUCAAGUCUACUUCACCAUCAAGCCACAAGAGGGUAUUCAAGCUACAUCAUUCAAGGCCGGAGACAAGUUCUACGUUGGAGGGGACAAACUACUACCGCUAGAAAAGUUCUUGCCCAAGCCGAAACCGCCGCCAGGUGCAUCGAAGGUCCGGAAACCAGCUGGAGCAGGACGGGGUGGUGCCAGAGGUAGUUUCGGUGGUGGCUUUGGCAGAGGUGCCCCCCGAGGUCGAGGAGCACCGAGAGGCAGAGGCAGUUUUGGUGGUGGUCGGGGUGCGCCCAGAGGCCGUGGAGGCUUCUCAAGUGGCAGAGGUGCACCACGAGGUGCGCCACGAGGUCGCGGUCGCUACUAAGAGGUGGUGGUCUCGUCCUCCUGAGUGUUCCUGAUACUGCAUGGGUUUGGCGUUAGGGAAAUACCCCAAAGAAAAAGUUGCUAUGGGAUGGCUGGAAUGGGUGUAUGAGUGUUUUCCUGGAUCGGACUUGCUUGCCAUACGGUUCCUUUUUGCAGUGAACAUGCUCUUCAAAGGAAGACUGCGUGUCAUGCCGAUGUCUGCAUCUUUCUUGAGCUUUUCCUUUGUCCUGGCACGUGACCUCUAUUUUGAGACUGAGACUGUCAAACGCUGCAAAAUGACGACAGUGACGACAAUUCGACGUGGCUGCGCCUUGUUUGCCCAAAAUGUUGAUCUUCAAACUGGCCUU